CCUCAGACAAUCGACCGUGCUCACCGCGGAUCCAAGCAGAUCGAACAGACGACUGCAGCCACCAUCCAUCUUCCCCCCCAAAAGGAAAGCCAAGCCAGCGGUGUUUUCAACCUUCCAGAUCUGCACACGGCAAGCUUCCAGGUUGUCAUGGCUAGCCUUGUCAGUCAAUUCCUGGGGCGAUUACAAAGUACUCGGGGUUCCGUCAUCCAAGUCGUGGAGAUAGAGGACAAACAACCAGCGCAGAAGAAACGGGAGAUAGGGGGAAAGAAGAAGGCAAAACAAGCAUGGGGAGAGAUGAACGAGGCCUUUCUGGAAGACCUUGAGGAGGAAGAGGAGGCGGAGAACGGGCAAGAGGAUGAUGGCGAUGAGGAGGGGGAUGGGGAGAAUGAAGAGGAGAAGAGAGACGAGGAUGCAGAACAGGAGGAGGGAGAGGGGAACCAGGAGUCCGAGGGAGGGGCCAUGAAGAACAAGAUAUGGUCUGUGCAAUACAAUAUCCCGGAAAUCUCCCUCGAAGCAUGGACUGCAGAGUUUGUUGGUGUUUUACUCCAUGUUUGGUCAUGGAGAUCCUAUGCUCACAACCCAAGGAUGGUUGAUGCUGUGAGGAAGCUAUACAAAUGCAGCCUGGUCAAUCAUCAACAGAUGCGAGUCCUUUCCAAGUAAGUUCCAAGAAAAGGAAGAGAAACAAAAGCUCACUCUCCUU